AUGGGAGAAUCAAAUCAUUCAGUGAGCUCAGGUUUUAGUCUCGUGGGACUCUUCGGCCACACGGGGCCACACCUCAUCCUAUUCUCCCUUGUGGCCGCCAUGUUCACCAUGGGUCUGCUGGGUAACACCAUUCUGCUCUUCCUGAUCUGCACAGACUCCAGGCUUCACACGCCCAUGUAUUUCCUGCUCAGCCAACUUUCUCUGUUGGAUGUCGGAUUUCCACUGGUCACCAUCCCCAAGAUGGCGGCCAACUUCCUGCAGGGACGCAGCUCCAUCUCCUUCGGAGGUUGCGCAGCUCAGAUGUUCUUCCUGAUGCUGAUGGGUGUCUCUGAAGGUGUCCUGCUGUCCCUCAUGUCUUACGAUCGCUACGUCGCUGUGUGCCACCCCCUGCGCUAUCCCGUGCUCAUGAGACGUCGGGUGUGCCUGUUCAUGGUGGGCACCUCGUGGCUCUCGGGCGUGCUCGUGGCCUCCAUCCAGACCGCCAUCACCCUGCAGUUCCCCUAUUGUGCCUCACGCACCGUGGACCACUUCUUCUGCGAGCUGCCAGCCCUGCUGAAACUCGCUUGCGCUGACAUCUCUGACUACCAGUUGUCGCUGUCCAUCUCCGGGGUGCUGAUCUUGCUGCUGCCUAGUUCUCUCAUCGCCACUUCCUACGGCCUCGUGCUGAGAGCCGUUCUCCAAAUGCACUCAACAGAGGCCCGACACAAGGCCUUCACCACGUGCUCCUCACACAUCACCGUGGUGGGGCUCUUUUAUGGGGCAGCCGUGUUCAUGUACAUGGUGCCAGGUGCCUACCACACGCCACAGCGGGACAAUGUCGUCUCUCUCUUCUACAGUCUCAUCACUCCCACACUCAACCCCCUCAUCUACAGCUUGAGGAAUAGAGAAGUUCGAAUGGCUUUGGUCAAAGUCCUUGGCAGGGCGGACCUCAGGUCAAAGAGGUGA